AUGAAGAUUAAAAAAAUAACAUUUUUUUUAAUUGUAAUCAUUUUAAUAAGUUGUUUUAUAACACAAUGUAUAAGUACUAAAGACAUAAAUAAUAAAAAUAAUAAUAAAAAUAAAAACCAAAAUAAUAAUGAAAAUAAAAUAAAAGAAAAUAUAAAUAAAGAUACUAAUACAAAUAGCAACAAUAACGAUAAUAUCAAUAGCAACAACAAUAAUAAUAAUAACAACAAUAAAAACAAUAAUAAUAAUAAAGAAGGUAAUGGUGCUAAUGGGAUUGUAUUUAAUAAAGAAAUAUUAGAUUUUGUAAAAGAACUUAAAAAAGCUAGUGAUAAUAAACCAUCAUCAAAUAAAGAAGAAAAUACUAUUAGUGAUAGCAGUGAUAGCGAAAAUUUAAAAGAUAAUAAUAAUAAUAAUAACAAUAAUAAAGAAAUUAGUUUUAAAGAUUUCAAUAUUGAUCAAUUCAGAAUAAUAGAAGAAAAGGAAAUAGUAUUUGAUGAAAAUAGACAAAUAAAAAUAGUUUCAGCACCAACAUCUGGUGGUUCAGCAUCGACUCCGGUAAACCAGCCAAUUAAACAACAAAAAUCAGAAAGUUUAUUUAGUGAGAAAGAUGAAUACGAUUAUUUAUUUGAUGUAUUUAAUAUUGGUGGUGGUGGUAGUGGUGUCAACUCAAUAGUGAUGGAUAGAGAUUUACCAGGUAGAGAUUUAUUAGUUGAGGGUCAGAAAUAUAGAGGUUAUUUGUUAUUUGAUAGAAGUAAUAAAUUACAGAAUCUAUUUAAAAAUUCAAUUAUGGCACACAGCUAUGAUUUGGGUGAAGAAAGAGAUUUGUUUGAGUUUAAAGGUCAAUCAAAAGCAACACCAUUGGAUCCAAAAAAAGCAUACGAGUUAUUAGAAAAAGCAGCAAAUGAAUUUAACAAUCAUCGUGCAAUGUAUCUAUUAGGUCAAAUGGAAGAGAUCGGUGAAGUAGAUGGUAUUAUGAAUUUUUCAAAAGCAGAAGAAUGGUAUUUAAAAUCAGCUAGUUUAGGUAACUCUGAUUCCCAACGUGCAUUAGGUUUUAUAUAUUCAACAGGUAAAUUAGGAUAUAUUGACGAAGCUAAAGCAAUAUUAUAUUAUACAUUUUCAGCAAAAUCAGGAAAUAUUGUAGCUCAAAUGGUUAUGGCAUAUAGAUAUUUAUACGGUCAUGGAGUAGAGAAGAACUGCAAAAAAGCAUCAGUAUUGUAUGAAAAAGUAGCAGCUAGAGUAUCAUCAGAUUACGAGCUUAGAGGAUUCGGGUAUCAAAUUCAAAGCCAAAGAUUUUCGGAUGAAAGAAAAAAGACACAUGGUUACCAGGAUGAAAAUGAUAUUAUUGACUAUUUGAAAUAUUCAUCAGAUGAACCACAUACAAUGGGCCAAUUGUAUUUGGAGGGUAGUUUGGUUAACCAAGAUUUUCAACAAGCUUUCGAGUAUUACAAGAGAGCCGUCGAAAUGGGAAUUCCAGCAGGUUUCACUGGUUUGGGUUUUAUGUAUAAUAUGGGCUAUGGCGUUGAACAAAACAACCGUACUGCAUAUGAAUAUUAUUUAAAGGGUGCAGAAUUAAAAGAUAGGGAUGCCAAAUCAAAUUUAGCAGAGUUUUAUUUAUUUGGUUUUGGAGGAGUCAAGCAAAAUACAGCCAAGGCUUUGGAGUUGUUUAUGGAGGUAUCAGAAACCAAAAAUGAACGUAAACCAGAGAUACCCAUAUAUCAUGCCUCUGCAAAUUUAAAUUUAGGUAAAGCAUAUGCUUAUGGUUUAGGUGGUGUAGUUAUAGAUAAACCAAAGGCAUCAAUAUUCUUUAGUAAAGCCAUUACUGUUGGCGAAAUUUCAUCACUAUAUCAUUUGGCUAAACUCCACAUUGAAAAUGAUGAGUCAUCAUGUAGUAUGGCAACAUUAUACUUUAAAAAAGUAGCAGAAAAAGGUCCAUGGGCAAUAAUAUUAAGCAAGGCUCAAGAGUUAUUUGAAGAGGAUGACUAUGAGCGUUCUUUAUUACUAAGUGAAAAAGCAUCUGAAAUGGGUAUUGAAAUUGCUCAAUUUAAUUCAGCAUGGAUGUAUAAUAAAGGUUAUGGUUUAUCAAAUUAUUAUGUUGAUGGCACCACUAGUGAUGACAAUAGUCAAGAUAGUGAAGGCUCUAGUAGUAGCAAUAGCGAAGGCAAAGUACCAAUUAAUGAAAAUUUUACACAGGAGUUUUGGAAUCAGCAAUCAUUUAAAAAUUAUUACUACUCAUCAGAACAACAAAACCCACUCUCACAUAUCAAAAUUGGUGAUUUCUUCUACUAUGGUAUUGGUGUCGAAAAAAGCUUUGAAUCAGCAGCUGAAAGUUAUAAAGUAGCAGCUAAUUCCAAUCAAGCAAUGGCUCUUUACAAUCUUGGUUACUUGUACCAAUAUGGCGAAGGUGUACCACAAGAUUUCUUUUUAGCUAAACGUUAUUAUGAUUUAUCAUUAUCCUUUCAACCAAAAGGUUACUUCCCAAUUUACAUAUCAUUAAUAGGUUUAUUUUUCCAUUAUGUCUAUUGUUUCAUUUUAUCAAUCUUUGAUCCAACUUAUAAAAUAAAUACCACAAAUAGUGAUAUAUCAAUACCAACACCCUCAAAACCACCACCAUCAUCAUCAAACAACAACAAUAACAAUAACAACUAUAAUCCUAUUAAUGAUAACUAUACACCACACUUUGCCUUCAACGAGGAGUUUAUAAAAACUAUUGAGUCUUAUUCAAUUUUAAUUUUUAUAAUUAUUAUAGGUUAUUUAGUAAUCAGAAGACAAAGAAUAAUUUUAAAUCAACAAAGAGUAGAAAACAAUUUAAAUCGACCACGACCACAACCACGACCACAUCCACAACCACAACACCAACCACAUCCACAACCACAACACCAACCACAUCCACAACCUCCACAACAAAACAAUAUAAUUAACUAA